GAAGGAGAAGAGGAUGAAGAAGGGGAAGAGAAUGAAGAAGAACAAGAAGAAGGAGAAGAGGAUGAAGAAGAAGAAGAAGAAGAAGAAGGAGAAGAGGAUGAAGGAGAAGAGGAUGAAGAAGAAGUAGAAGAAGAAGAAGAAGAAGAAGAAGAAGAAGAAGAAGAAGGAGAAGAGGAUGAAGAAGAAGAAGAAGAAGAAGAGGAUGAAGAAGAAGAAGGAGAAGAGAAUGAAGAAGGAGAAGAGAAUGAAGAAGGAGAAGAAGAAGGAGAAGAGGAUGAAGAAGAAGAAGAAGAAGAAGGAGAAGAGGAUGAAGGAGAAGAGGAUGAAGAAGAAGAAGAAGAAGAAGAAGAAGAAGGAGAAGAGGAUGAAGGAGAAGAGGAUGAAGAAGAAGUAGAAGAAGAAGAAGAAGAAGAAGAAGAAGGAGAAGAGGAUGAAGAAGAAGAAGAAGAAGAGGAAGAAGAAGAAGAAGAAGAAGAAGAAGAAGAAGAAGAAGGAGAAUAAGAAGAAUAAGAAGAAGAAGGAGAAGAGGAUGAAGAAGAAGAAGGAGAAGAGAAUGAAGAAGAAGAAGAAGAAGAGGAUGAAGAAGAAGAAGAAGAAGAGGAUGAAGAAGAAGAAGAAGAAGAAGAGGAUGAAGAAGAAGUAGAAGAAGAAGAAGAAGAAGAAGAAGAAGGAGAAGAGGAUGAAGAAGAAGAAGAAGAAGAAGAAGAA